AGCUCUCCUCUUUUUCGAAAACUCUUGACACAGCUCAUUCCUGACCAUACUCGAAGUUCCCUUCAAUUCAUUGGUUCUGCUGAUCGUGAUCCCUUCAUCGACUUCCGGCUCACUAACCCGUUCCCUUGUCCUGCCGACGAGACGAGAAAACAACACUGAAUAUCUUGCUCAUCGAUAUUUGAACCAGCCUGAUAACAUGUCUCCUCGCCGCUCUAUGAAGCAAUGCAUUCUCCUGUUCGCUCUUUGCAUAAUCGGCAUCCUAGCGAAGGAAUGCGGGACUGUCUCACAAUGCGAGCUGGGCUGCAUCGAUGGGCUGUUCUAUGAGCGAAAUACCCCCGGCACCCAGACAUUCGUAUGCAGCACGAGCCGCCGCAAAUCCCGAAACGACUGGUACAUCGGAUACUGCGGGGAAUUCGACGCCACGACGUUCGCCUGCGCGAGUCUGAGUGGCGAGUUGCGAUGCAACAAAUGCAUGUUCGAGCACCGGGACGGAGGCGGGGUUCUCGCUCUCGAACCCGAUGGGAAAGAGCGAAGCUAUGGGGAAGCUGACGUGUGCGAUGCUGGUGGAAGAUCUGUCAUCGCAGGAAAACACGAACGAGCAGGGAGAAUCAUCUUCAGACUCAGACGAAGCAACCGACAUUUGAAUACCACGUUUCUUUCCGUCGGAUCAUGGAUGUAUAUGAAUUUUUUGUUUAUAGCGAAUAUUUCGAUAGAUCUCUCAAUCUUAAUGCCCGGUUUGACUAGUCCCUGACAUUGAGAUCUCAUCAUUCUGUCGGAUUGAUCGAGCCGAUCUAGCCGACUAGCUGUCUGACUGCCAGGAUUUCUAGUUGGCCAGAACUCAUGGAAGAGGUGAGAGUUCUCAAUGCUAAUUCUCGAUGAUCUGAGGAAUGCCCGAGGCAAAAGGCGGCUAGAAAGGCGGUCAGGAAUAUUGACAGAAAUUUGGGGUCUCCGAUCGGCGCGGAUCAAACCGGCCAAUCAAAUGUCCUUUUGUAUCUCCGACAUUGCGAUAACGGCCGCUUCUUAUCUGGAAG